CUUCAUGAGGACAGUUCCCUCGUAUCGAUUGAAAUCACACAGCCGCUUUCCAUGGAUUCUCAGGAAGCAUGGUCAACAGAGCCAUCUCCAGAGAGGCACGUCCCACCCGUCUUUCCCCAGACUACCGAAGCAGAUGAAAAAUGUCGGGACUGUGAGGAAAGCCCUGUGGCUUUCAGAUGCUCGCGAUGUCCCUACCCGCUUUGCCAAGAUUGCUGGCCAAGAAAGAGAUCACACAAUGAACCAGACAAGGGUCACAUACAACUUCAUCUGAACGGGUUCCCUGUGGAGGGUCCCCCUAGAACAUUUCGGCAUCUGGAACAAGCUUUUGAGUCUAAUCAGUCAGAAGAAUAUCGCGAUCAACAGCACCGCGCCAACUACGACACAGUCUGGUUCGCAAUCAUCAAAGCUGGCCAGGAGCCGCUAAGCUUCGAAUCAUAUCCGCGAUUCCAAAAUCUCAUAUCUAAACAUCGUCAAAGCCAUCCAGCAGUGAAAGAUGUCUAUCCUAGUCUGGUAUCCUUCGUGGGUAACAGUGGAGUUGGGAAGAGCACGUUGAUUCAAGCGAUUGUUAGGCAACUUUGGGUUUCCACUGCCGAAGGCAACAAUGAUACCAGCGAUCAAGUGCCUGCUCCAGUCAUCGGCGACGACAGCGCAAUCCCGACGUCUUCCGAUGUUCGGCUUUAUGGCGAUCCAAUCGGCAGCAGGGACGCGCCUCAGAACCCAAUCUUUUUUGCGGAUUGCGAAGGUUUCGGUGGCGCGAACCGAUCCGCUGCAGCCAAUGUGUUCGCACGGGACAUGGAAGCUAACCAUCAGCCGGGGGCCUCUACAGCAAGUUGGACUUCACCUUUCAUGCGGGAUACAUGGAAUAGCAUCCGUCGCAAUCUCAAGUGGUCCGUCGAUGUCAAAGGCCGCCGAGAUACUGCUCUUGAGCAUUUAUUCCCCCGGCUUCUGUGCAAUGUUUCAGAUGUCCUAGUUUACGUCAUUUCUGAAACAGAGAAGAGGCAACUUGGAGGCGUCCUUCAGAGACUCGCCGACUGGUCACAAAAGUCCGCAACAGCAGCUAUCAACAGAACGUCAUUACCAUCACUCAUUGUGGUCUUGAACCGGUCCGAUUUGACUACACCUGAUUGGACUCCCGAUAAGACGACAAAUCAACUGUUCGAUGAACAUCGAGAAACGAUAGACUCGGUCGUUGGGCAUUCCUUUUCCUCAGUCAAAUUCAUUCGCAUCCCUCAUCGGAGGGGCCUAGCACGGUUAGCCUCUCAGACCGAACUGCUCAGUGAGAUGAUCAAGGACGCAGCUGCCACAGCUCGUGAAGCUAAACAGGCCUCAAACACUUUGCUCGAGGCGGAGCAUCAGAGUGAUUUCUGUCGCAUGGCUUUCGAACAUUUUUCGCAACAUCGAGACAGGCCUUUCGAUUACAUCGAGACCGUUUUCUCUCUUAACCCAUUGCCUACCAUUCUGGCGGAGAGCUUGUCCAGCAUGCUCUUUGCUGCCACCAACUCACUAAAGGCCGAAGAACGACCAUUGAACUCCGAAGCUUUAGCUAAGAUCCUACUUGAACUUGUCACACCUGUCAUCUGUGCAGCCAUCGCCAUAGAUAUACAUCGAACUUACAAAAACGUCCCAGUCACAUUCUCCAAAGUUGUACAAGGAGAAACGUCCAACCCUGCCGAAACAGACAUGGAAGCUCGGGAAGUUUCCUACGAGAGACAAAUUGUGGAUGCAGUUAACAAGUUCCUUGAUAGGGUAUGUGACUGUAAGUAUUACAGCAAAGACGGGAAAAGCUGUGUUACCAAAGCUGCUGCCCAUGGACAAAACGGUCUCCAUCAGGAUACCAAGGGCAACGUCAUAGGAUGUGGGAUCUAUGACGCAAACGACUUCCACCUCCAGUUCAGUUCUUCGUGGUAUCGUGGGUUUCUUGAGGGUAUAGACGACCAUGACGAAAAAAGAAAAACUCUCUUGUCGGAGGGAAAGGCAGACAUGGUGCUCCCCAUGCUGCGGGAAAUACAUAACAACUCCAUUCUGCGCAUGCACGAGACGGUCAAUGACAUGAACUAUCCUGACCUACUAGGAUGUUUCUGGUGCUUGAAACAUGUGCCAACCGAGCGACUAUCGUGUGGCCAUUGGAUCUGCGAACCCUGCCUACUUGAGAUAUCUGAGCGAGAUUCUUGCGACAACCGACUAUACAUUGUUCGACAUUGCCACCGGCACUCGCGCAUCCGGGAGCUUGACCCAGCACUCGAGUACCUCCGUUUACCAUCGACCCUUGGGCGAAGACUCUUAUCCCUAGAUGAGGGCGGUGUCAGGAGCAUUGUUCAACUCGCUAUCCUCAACGAGAUUCAACAGGAACUUGGCCGGGAACUCCCCCUACAGCACUGCUUUGACCUGGUCGGAGGUACCGGCUCUGGUGGUAUUGUCGCCUUGGGGCUGGUGUCGGCCAACUGGUGCGUCUCCGAGGCCGAGGAGAAGAUUCGAGAACUGAUGGCCAACACCUUUUCUGAAAAGAAUGAUCCGAGCUUUUUUAGCUUGAAAAACCAGCCGACAUGCCGGUCUGAGAGUCUGGCAAAAAAUAUCCGGACAGCCUUUGGAUCUAUUGGAAAUUUGCAGCUGGCAUCGAUCGUGAGUAUAGCACCAGUCCUUCAAUCAUAUCAUGCACAAUUUUAUUGAUCAUUGACAACUUGUGGUCCAUACAAAAGUUCUCUGGAAAAAACUCAGCUCGAUUAUUUGUGACAACCUGGGUGGCUGUCCAAGGCGGCGAAUUGGUUGCCAACUAAUACAACAGACGACGGCAGGAUACUGUCACAAAGGAGAAUCACUCUGAACCGGCGGCUUAUGCCCAUUCCUGUACUUUGACCGUUGCAGCAGCAGCCAAUGCAACAUUUUCUUUCCCAAGGUUCUUUGAUCCAGUCCAAAGCGCAGAUGGCAAAGUAUACUCCGGCGGCGGCAGUAAAU